GCUGACUCAGAGAAAUCUCGUUGCUUCUCACCCUCCAGAAUCGUUGUACUCCCACCGCCGCCAAGAUGAAGUACCAGUGUAAGCAAUGGCAGAUCCAUGCAUUGCAUGCACUGCGACCACAACGCAAUCAUGAGUGUGGUGGUCCACACGGGCUGUGCUGUGCAUGUGUUUGCAGGCAGCUUCAAGAGCGCCAAGGACAUGGCGCAGUACAUCAAGGCGGAGGGCAUUGAGCUCAUCGAUGCCGUCUUCUGCGACCCCCUGGGACUGUGGCACCACUGCACCUUCUGCCCCAACCAGGUAAGCAGCGAGGCAGGGAGAUCUGAUGCCCGCCCACACACAAGACACACAGGGGGAGGCGGGGAGGGGCAGAUCUGCACAUGCGGCGCCUCUUGAUGGGUGCUGGUGUGUCUCGUGUGUUUCGUGUGUGAGUGCGCAGGUUGAGGAGGAUGACAUCAAGGACGGCCUGCCCUUCGAUGGCUCGUCCAUCAGGCUCUUCUGCUCCAUCGAGAACUCUGACAUGGCCAUGGUCCCCGGUGAGGCAGGCGUCUUGUGUUGUCCACCUGUUGUCUUGUCUUCUCACUCACCUGACCGCUGCGCUGCCUGCCUUGUGUGUCGCCUUCCUUCAUGUCAGAUCCGUCAUCGUGCUGGAUCGACCCGUUUUGCGACCGCAAGACGCUGCACGUGACAUGUUCGAUCAAGAACCCCCAGACCAACCAGGGCUUUGCGAGGGACCCGCGGUCGGUGGCCGCCAGGUGCCUCGAGUUCGUCAAGAAGGAGGGCAUCGCCGACACGGUCAGCCAGCCCAUGACAUGAGGGGGGAUGCCUGCCGCCAGGGCAGGGCAGGGGUCGACUGUCUGCCUGUGGUUUUAUGUGGUGCUCGUGUGCUGUGCUGUGCAGAUCAUCAUCGGUCCGGAGGCUGAGUUUUUCAUCUUUGACGACGUCAAGUACGGCGUGAGCAACAAUGAGAUGUUCUUCAAGGUCGACGGCGUCGAGGGAUACUGGAACACCGGAUGUACGAUAUAUGUCACCAACACACACUACACAACGCAAUAUAUGGGUUAUCGCUUUCCUCUGUCUGUGGUGUUUGGUGUGUGGUGUGAGUGCAGCUGAGCAGGGUGGCGCCAACUUGGCCCACCGUGUGCCGCCCAAGAACUGGUACUUCCCCGUGCCGCCCAUCGACACGACCAUGAACCUCCGAGGCGAGAUGCUCCUCACAAUGGGCGACAUGGGCGUCCCCAUCGAGAAACACCACCACGAAGUCGCGUAAGCGCCAACACACACCACACAGAGGGAUAGACGGAAAGGUGAACUCCCCCCCCUCAUGUCAUGUGUGUGUCGGUGUGUGUUGCUAUCCCUCUCAAGUACGUGCCAGAGUGAGUUGGGUUUCACGUGCCGGCCGAUGAUAGAGUGUGCGGACAUGCUGAUGACGUACAAGUACGUCAUCAAGAACGUGGCGCGGAAGUACGGCAAGACGGCCACCUUCAUGCCCAAGCCCAUCUUCGGCGACAACGGCACCGGCAUGCACGUCCACCAGUCCCUCUGGAAGGACGGCAAGCCGCUCUUCUUCGACGAAAACGGAAAGUAGGCUAAGCUCUCCGACACACACUGGAAGGGCCGUUGCAUCUCUCUCUCUCUGUGUCUGGUGGUUGUGUGUGUGUGUGGUGUAGGUACGUCAAGUUGAGCCAGAUGUGCACUCACUACAUCGGCGGUCUGCUGAAGCAUGCCCCCGCCGUGCUGGCCUUCACCAACCCCGCCGUCAACUCAUACAAGCGUCUCGUGCCAGGCUUCGAGGCCCCCGUCAACCUCUGCAUGUCAAAGGUGCCUCUGUCUCUGUCUGUCUGUCUGCACACUUGACAGAGGGCCGGUGUCUGUCAAACACUUCGUUCUCUUUGCGUGUCAUGUGUGUGUCUGCAGGGCAACCGAUCUGCCGCCGUGCGCAUUCCGAUGUACAAGCCAGACAACCCGAAGCAGAAGCGUCUGGAGUUCCGCUGCCCCGACCCCUCCUGCUGCCCAUACCUCGCAUUCGCAGCCAUGGUCAUGGCGGGCAUCGACGGUACGCACUCUGCCACUCACACACAUGCAGCAUAGAUCAUCCAUCCGUCCUUCAUGCGCCCAUCUCUGUCUGUCUAUUGUGUGUGUUGUAUGUGUGUAGGCAUCAAGAACAAGAUCGAGCCGCCCCCUCCCUGCGACUUUGAUAUCUACGAGCUGUCCGAGGAGGAGAAGGCCAAGAUGGGACUCAAGUCGACUCCCGGCAGUCUCGCAGAAGCACUGGUAAGACACAGACAGACGAUGCGAGAGAAGCCCAGGCUCGUCUACAGGACACGUGUGUGUAUUGUGUGUGCUGUGUGGUGUGUGUUGUGUGUCAGGAUGCGCUGGAGGCCGACCACUCCUUCCUGACGGCGGGCGGUGUGUUCACAGAGGACUUCAUCCAGGCGUACAUCGAGUGGAAGCGCAACGAGUACCUCAUGGUGGCCACCCUGCCGCACCCCAAGGAAUACGAACUCUACUUCCAGUGCUGAUCGACCAUACGACACACGGAUGGAUGGACCGAUCCCAUCCGAUCACACAUGCUCACUCAUUCCUUUACUUACUACUUACCACAUGCCUGACUGCCUGCCUGUCUGCCUGCUGCACGUUGUGUGUGCUGUGCCUGUCGUGUGAGUGGUGUGUGGUGACGCAUUUGGCCCUUUUGACCGACCGAACAAACCACUGACUGAGGGAAGAGACGGCUGAGAGACUGCAUGUGUCAGUUUGGUUGUAGUCGGUCUGCCCACCCAUCGUCUGCAUGCUCGUCUGUCUGUCUGUGUGUGGCGUCCACUCCACUCCACUGGAUCACUGGAUGUUUUCUCGGCCUGCUUGAGUCAGCGAGGCGUGGGUUUUUUCCCCGCCGUCCCCCACAUAGCGGGCACGCUGACCGAUGCUCCUGAUCGAUGCUGGUGUACCUACCUCCAUACAUACACACACACGCAUACACGCCUUCCUUCACGUUAGGUCAGUCAGUUAUGGUUUGCCUUCGUUGCCUGCCUGCAGCAACAGACAUGGUGCCAUCGCAUCCCGUGUGCGUGACGCUGAAUGAGGAUAAGCACACGCAUCGACGGCCGGCAGAGACGUGCUGGUCGUGGAUAGGUGGGCUUCUCCCGUAUGAAGCAACGCGCACACGAGAUCAGGUCACUUGGUCAUUACGCGUACGGUCACAUGGAUGUGCUCUCACCUUGCCACCAUUACAGUGCUCGCUCGUGUCUGACUCUGUAGGAUGCUGGUACCUCAGGGCCGGGGCAUCCCCUGUCAUCAGGUGGACGCUCAGAGCCUGUUGCAUGCCGGCGUCAGAUGGUGUCAGACCGAGUGCGCUGCUGGCUGGUUCAUGUGCUGCACGACUUGCCUUGUUGUCCUCAUUCAGUUUUCGCCUCGGCCGCCUGGGAAUAGGCGCCAUGCUUGCUCGCUGAUUGACUGAUGAUUCGAUGUGUGCGCGUCAGCAAUCCAGACAUCUGGCGUCUUUUUGCUUCGAUGACUCGUUUAUUUCAUGCCCGUCUGCAUGCUGUGUGUCGUGUAUGCGUGUGUAUGCUGGUGUGUGAGUCGAGAAUACCCCUCACACACACAGAUGGAGAGAGAGAGAGAUGACUCGCUGCGUGAGCUGAGUUUUACAGCGCAGUGGGUUGAGUGAGGUGAGUGUCGGUCUGUCUGCCAUGCCGGCUGGAGCACCAAGGUGAGCUGCUGUGUGUGGUGUGGUGUGGUGUGGUGUGGUGUGUGGUGAGAUGAGACUGUCCGCAGCUCUUCGAUGCACAGGCUUUUUCCGCUGUGCCGAGCUGAUAAUGUGAUGCAUCACACUGAUGGACCGAUGGAUGGAUGGAGUGUUUUGCGUGACGCUCGAUUGAGUGAUUGCAUCCCAUGGCCAUGUGGUGUGCGUGGACAGCUUUUAUCUCAAGUGCGGUGCGCAUGGUGCUGCCCCGACC